GAAAGCACCAUGUCUUCAGUCUCAGCUUAUUACAAUGGAAAGACCGUACUUAUCACAGGAGCUACAGGUUUCAUGGGCAAAGUGCUGGUGGAAAAACUUCUGCGCUCCAGCCCUGAAGUGAAAGCAGUUUAUAUUCUUGUCAGGCCAAAGGCUGGACAGUCAAUGCAAGAGAGAGUGGCCAGCAUGUUGAAAUGUAAGGUCUUUGACAGGGUCCGAGAAGAUUGCCCUAAUUUCCACGAGAAGAUUAAGCCUAUUAAUGCUGAACUCACUCAGCCCAAGCUGGCCAUCAGUGCUGAAGACGAGGAGGAGCUUCUGACCCGGGUCAAUGUUGUCUUCCACUGUGCAGCCACAGUUCGCUUUGAUGAACCCCUCAAACAUGCCCUGCAGCUGAACGUGAUGGGCACGCAGCGGCUCCUCGAGCUGGCCCGGCAGAUGCGGAACCUCGAGGCCUUCAUCCACAUCUCCACUGCCUAUGCAAACUGUGUCCGGAAAUGCAUCGAGGAGAUCAUCUACCCACCCCCAGCCGAGCCCCAGAAGCUCUUCGAUUUAGUAGAGUGGUUGGAUGAAUCCAUCAUUCAAGACAUCACACCUAAGCUGCUUGGGGAGUGGCCCAACACCUACACCUACACCAAAGCCUUGUCAGAGUACCUGAUUCAGCAAGAGAAAGGAAACUUGAACAUUGCUAUCAUCAGGCCAUCCAUCGUGGGAGCCAGCUGGCAUGAGCCUUUCCCAGGUUGGAUUGACAACUUCAACGGGACUAGUGGAAUAUUUAUUGCGGCAGGCAAAGGGAUCCUGCGAACCGUCAUCGCCAACAACGAAGCGGUGGCAGACAUGAUUCCUGUCGACGUCGCCAUCAACCUGACUCUGGCAGCCGGGUGGUACACAGCAGUGCACAGACCAAAAAACCUGUUGGUGUACAACUGCACAACAGGGGGAAUCAACCCUUUCUUCUGGGGAGAAAUGGGGCAGUACGUCAUGUCCACGUUCAAAAGGAACCCCCUGGAGCAGGCUUUCCGGACACCCAACGCUCACAUGACCUCCAGCUACUUGAUAAACCAGUACUGGAUCACUGUCAGCCACAAGGCACCUGCCAUCCUCUAUGACCUGUAUAUGAGGCUCACAGGGAGAAAGCCCAGAAUGAUGAAGAUCAUCAAUCGGCUGCACAAGUCUAUGACACUCCUGCAGUAUUUCUCCACCCAGUCCUGGAACUGGUCUUCAGAUAAUAUGAAUAUGUUAAUGAGUCACCUUAACACAGAGGACAAAAAGUUAUACAACUUCGAUGUUCGCCAGCUGCACUGGUCAGAGUACAUUGAGAGCUACUGCAUAGGUGCUAAGAAGUACUUACUAAAUGAGGAUAUGGCUGGCAUUCCAGCAGCAAAGCAGCAUCUACGCAAGCUGAGGAACAUCCGAUACGCUUUCAACACCACCCUCCUCGUGAUCAUCUGGCGCAUCUUCAUCGCGAGGUCACAGAUGGCUCGAAACAUCUGGUACUUUGUGGUGAGCCUCUGCUACAAGUUCCUGUCCUACUUCAGGGCAUCCAGCACCCUCAGGCACUGA